AUGGAAUCUCGAUUAGAUGUUGUGGACAAAAUGCUGCAGGAAUUAAUCCAAGAUAAGGAUAGACAAGAAAAUCAGUUUCAUGAGCGUUUUCAGCGUUUGGAGGACAUGAUUAAAGGUUUAACGGCCGUGGUCGAAUCGCUGUCUUGUAGUGCUACAAAGGGCAAAACUGCUUCAGUUAUGAAUGUUGGUCAAGGGUCACGUUGGGAAGAAGAGACAAGUCAUCAUUUGUCUUCCUCCAAAUGGAGGAAACUGGACAUUCCAAAUUUUGCGGGUGAGGAGGCGUAUGGGUGGACUAACCGUCUUGAACGUUAUUUUCAAUUGAAGGAAGUCAAUGAGGAGGAACGCAUGCACGCGGUCAUAGUUGCUUUGGAAGGAAAGGCCUUAAAUUGGUUUCAUUGGUGGGAAACUUGCAAUCCAAAUCCUACGUGGGAAGCAUUCAAGGGAAUUACUCAAGAUUAUUUGGUUGGCAUUUUUCUGAAUGGGUUGAAAGAGGAAAUCAAGGCUGAAGUUAAGCUGUAUGAACCCAACACUCGUCCAGAGUUAAUGAUGAAGGCUCAAAUGGUGGAGGAAAAGUGGUUGGCUUCACUGGGUGAGGUAAGGGAUGAUUUUAGCAAUUUAAGAUUAACAAUUGGUAAGGGGAACGACGAGCACAUCCUUGUGGGUGAUCCCACUCUUUCCAAAUCUGAAUCUUCUUUAAAAAAAUUGGUGAGUGCUUUUAACAACAAUGACUCAUGUUAUGUGCUCAAAUGGGACAAAGAGAAGGAAGAGAAUGGUAGUAUUGUUCCAGUACAACUUUUACCCAUUUUGGAGUCCAAUAAUGACCUUUUUCAAGAUCUAGUUCGCCUUCCUCCCAGUCGUCCUUAUGAUCAUGCUAUACAUCUUCAUGAGGGAGCAUUUAUUCCUAAUCUUAGGCCCUACAAAUACUCUCAUCAACAAAAAAAUGAGAUUGAACGUUUAGUCAAAGAAAUGUUGCAAGCGGGAAUCAUCAAACCAAGCAUCAGUCCUUAUUCAAGCCCCAUCAUAUUGGUCAAGGAGAAAGACGGCGGGUGA